CCAUACAGCGAGAUGGUGGUUGGAAGGGUCCAGGUGAUUGUUCAGCUUUUAACCAGAGAGAGAUUUUAGAAUACCAUUUCCGCGAAGACUUUGAGACUUAAGCAAGCAUGUGCAGGGCAGAGGUUCUGAUCUAGACCGAGAGUUGACUGUAUGGUCAGACUAGGAGAUGUCCGAAGGACCCCUGAUAUGUUCCUGUACUCUUCCUUGUUACAAGAAGAUGCUGAGCUUCAGUCCCAGAAAUCCUGGAUAGAAAACACUUUCACCAAGAGGGAAUGUGUGUACAUACUUCCAGUGUCAAAAGACCCUCACAGAUGCCUUCCAGGAUGCCAGAUUUGCCAGCAGCUGGUAAGGUGCUGCUGCGGCCGGCUCGUGCGGCAGCAUGCCGGCUUCACGGCCAGCCUGGCCAUGAAGUACUCGGACGUGAAGCUGGGUGAGAAUGAGAUGCCGGAGCUGGAGCAGUGGUCAGUGGAAAAGCACACUGAGGAGAGCCCCACCGAUGCCUAUGGUGUCAUCAACUUUCAGGGAGGGUCCCAUUCCUACAGAGCCAAGUAUGUGCGGUUGUCCCAUGACUCCAAGCCCGAAAUGAUCCUGCGCCUCAUGCUUAAGGAGUGGCAGAUGGAGCUGCCCAAAAUUGUCAUCUCGGUCCAUGGCGGAAUCCAGAACUUUGACCUUCACCCUCGUAUAAAGCAGGUGGUGGGCAAGGGAUUGAUCAAGGCUGCUGUCACCACCGGCGCCUGGAUCCUCACUGGAGGGGUUAACACAGGUGUAGCGAAACAUGUUGGCGACGCCCUCAAAGAACAUUCUUCCCGGUCAGCAAGGAAAAUUUGCACUAUAGGAAUAGCUCCGUGGGGAGUUAUCGAAAACAGGAACGAACUCAUUGGCAGAGACGUGGUCGCCCCCUAUCAAACACUGCUGAACCCCCUGAGCAAGCUGAACGUGUUGAACAACCUCCAUUCGCAUUUCAUUCUGGUGGAUGACGGGACAGUUGGGAAGUAUGGGGCAGAGGUCAAGCUGCGAAGGCAGCUGGAGAAACAUAUCAAUCUGCAGAGGAUCCACGCCAGAAUAGGGCAGGGUGUGCCCGUGGUGGCGCUCAUCUUUGAGGGAGGACCCAACGUUAUCCUCACUGUCCUCGAGUAUCUCCAGGAGAGCCCUCCUGUGCCUGUGGUGGUGUGUGAGGGUACUGGCCGAGCAGCCGACAUCCUGGCUUACGUCCACAAGCAGACUGAGGAGGGAGGACGCCUACCUGAUGGUGUUGACACGGAAAUCAUCACAACUAUUAAAAAGACGUUCAACUUUGGUCACAGUGAUGCCAUCCACCUGUUUCAAACACUGAUGGAAUGCAUGAAGAGCAAAGAAUUGAUAACGGUCUUUCAUAUCGGUUCGGAGGAUCAUCAGGAUAUUGAUGUCGCUAUACUGAGAGCUCUGUUAAAAGGCACAAAUGCUUCUGCAUUUGACCAGCUUGUCCUCACCUUGGCCUGGGACCGGGUGGACAUUGCCAAGAACCAUGUGUUUGUUUAUGGACAGCAACUAUUAGUGGGCUCACUGGAACAGGCCAUGAUGGAUGCCCUGGUAAUGGAUCGUGUGGAGUUUGUCAAGCUGCUUAUUGAGAAUGGCGUCAGCAUGCACCGCUUCCUCACCAUCAACCGGUUGGAGGAGCUGUACAACACGAAACAUCCCCCAACCAAUCCAACUCUACUCUACCUUGUGAGGGAUGUGAAACAGGGAAACCUGCCACCAAAUUACAAAAUCACAUUGAUUGAUGUGGGCCUUGUCAUUGAGUACCUUAUGGGUGGGACCUACAGAUGCAACUACACCAGAAAGAGAUUCAGAAUCAUUUACAACAAUCUCCACGGAAGCAGCCGGCGGUCUGGAAGGCAUUCGUCCAGCAGUGGAUCACAGCUGCGUAAAAACCACGAGUCCUUCAGCAUCCAGGCUGACAAGAAGAAGACUCGGCACAAUCACUUUAUUAAAACUGCACAGCCCUACAAACCGAAGCUGGAGACCGCAUCAGAGCAGUCCAAAAAGAAGAGCCGAGAGGAGAUAGUGGAUAUUGAUGACCCAGAGAUGCGCAGGUUCCCCUACCCAUUCAAUGAGCUGCUUGUGUGGGCUGUGCUGAUGAAGAGACAGAAGAUGUCUCUGUUCUUCUGGCAGCAUGGUGAAGAAUCAAUGGCUAAAGCUCUGGUGGCCUGCAAGCUGUGCCGCUCGAUGAGCUAUGAGGCCAAGAAGAGUGAUGUGGUGGAUGAUACUUCAGAGGAACUCAAGGAGUACUCAAAUGAGUUUGGCACUCUGGCAGUGGAUUUGUUGGAACAGUCCUUCAGGCAAGAUGAGACGAUGGCCAUGAAACUGCUCACCUACGAACUGAAAAACUGGAGCAACUCGACAUGCCUGAAACUGGCAGUUUCCUCUAGGCUGCGGCCUUUUGUGGCCCAUACCUGCACACAGAUGCUUUUAUCUGACAUGUGGAUGGGCCGCCUCAACAUGAGGAAGAAUUCCUGGUAUAAGGUCAUUUUAAGCAUUUUGGUCCCUCCGGCCAUCCUCAUGCUGGAGUACAAGACCAAAGCUGAGAUGUCACACAUCCCGCAGUCGCAAGAUGCCCAUCAGAUGACAAUGGAGGACAGUGAACACAGCUUCCAGAACCCAGCUGAUGACAUUCAAAUGGAUGUUUUCAAGGAAGCUCGACUGAAUGACAACAUUGAGGCAAAAAGCGAAACAGAGGUCCAUGUGCGCCCAAGGCGGUUGCCCAUCACUAGGAAGUUCUACGCAUUCUACCAUGCUCCCAUUGUCAAGUUCUGGUUCAACACGCUGGCAUACCUGGGCUUCCUGAUGUUGUACUCGUAUGUGGUCCUUGUGAAAAUGCCUGCAUGGCCCUCGCCACAAGAGUGGAUUGUCAUCCUCUACAUCUUCACCUCUGCCGUCGAGAAAAUUCGUGAGAUGUUUAUGUCUGAGGCUGGAAAAAUAAGUCAAAAGAUUAAAGUCUGGUUUAGUGACUAUUUUAAUAUUUCAGACACCCUUGCCAUUGUCAUAUUCUUUGUUGGGUUUGGACUGAGAUUUGGAACAGGGACAGUCUUCGUAACUGGGAGGAUAGUGUAUUGCUUGAAUAUAAUAUUUUGGUAUGUGCGGCUCCUGGAUAUUUUGGCAGUCAAUCAACAAGCUGGACCCUAUGUCAUGAUGAUUGGUAAAAUGGUCGCCAACAUGUUUUAUAUAGUUGUGAUAAUGGCAGUUGUGCUUCUGAGCUAUGGCGUUCCCAGGAAAGCGAUCUUGUACCCUAAUGAAGAACCAUCAUGGACCUUAGCUAAAGAUGUGGUCUUUCAGCCGUACUGGAUGAUGUAUGGUGAAGUAUAUGCAUAUGAAAUUGAUGUGUGUUCCAACAGUACCGAAAAUCCUGUGAGGGAUCUUUGUCACACGGGAGUGUGGUUGACCCCUCUACUGCAAGCAGUCUACCUUUUUGUCCAGUAUAUUCUCAUGGUCAAUCUACUCAUUGCUUUUUUCAAUAACGUGUAUCUCCAAGUGAAAUCCAUGUCGAACCUGGUGUGGAAGUACCAGCGGUAUCACUUCAUAAUGGUGUACCAUGAGAAACCAGUCCUUCCCCCUCCCCUCAUCCUGUUAAGUCAUCUGGUCUCACUCUUCUCCUGCAUCUGUAGGAAGAGGAAGAAGGACAGCAGGACGUAUGGACCAAAACUUUUCCUGACGGAAGAGGAUCAGAAGAAGCUGCAUGACUUUGAAGAGCAGUGUGUGGAGACAUACUUCCAAGAAAAGGAUGACCAGUUUCACUCUGGGAGUGAAGAAAGAAUCAGGGUCACUUCAGACAGGGUUGAGGCCAUGUGCAUUCAGCUGAAGGAAGUGGGCAACAGGGUGAACUUUAUAAAGAGGUCUCUGCAAACGCUGGACUCUCAGAUAGGCCACCUGCAGGACCUGUCUGCUCUCACGGUGGAUACGUUGAAAGCUCUGACGGCACAGAGGGCCUCCGAAGCCAGCAAGGUCCACAACGAGAUCACUCGAGAGCUCAGCAUCUCCAAGAACUUGGGGCCCAACUUGGUUGAUGUCGGCACCCAGCCGAAGUCCUCUGCGCUUGUCAAGCAUAGCAUAGGGGCCUACUUUGGGUCUUCCUUCCCGCAGGGCGGGGCCAACAUUGCAGACUCCCUGUUCGGUGGAGCCCAGGAUGCGAUGGGCCGCAGGUUUGGCCCUGACGUUGCCCUGAGCCCGGGGCGGAGAGCUUUGGACAGCCCGGAGGCUGGUUCCUCUGGAAGUGCCUUAACCCAAAGUGCCAUCUCUCCCCCUGAGUGCCGACUUAAGAGCCAGUCCACUGUGGAGGGCCCAGAAACCCGUCCAGAAGAGCCCAGAGGCAUGGAUUUGCCAAGUUUGCCCUGUGCUUCACCUCCAGCUGCAAAAUUUUUUGUCAGUACCCCAUCGCAUCCCAGUGGCUCAAGCCGUAACGAACCUUCCCAAGAGAAGCACCAAGAUGUCCUGCCUGAAAGUCCCGCUGUCGAGUUUGGGGCUUUUGUUGGUCACAAAGAUAACUCGGAGCUCCAGAGAUCAUUCUCCAAAGAUGUUCCUGGGGGUAGGCAGCUCAGUCCAUCCAAGAAGGGCAAAGAAAUGAGUAACCCUGAAGGUCACAUAAGAACUGUCAAUUCAUAUGCUGGAUUCACAGAGUUUGACAGGAGUCCAUUCUCUCUGCAUCCUGAAUCAACGCAGAUCAGGAGGGAUCGCAGCCGAGUGUCAGCGGAAGACAUUCCUUUCCACGAGGACCUCCGGGCAGCACACCUGUUGGAAAGGGUUCAAGGCAAAUCAGCGCAAGCAAGCAGUCUAACCACAGGAGAAGAAGCCUUAAACGCGGCGGCAUGCCUGUACACGUCAAGACACGCACAUCUAGGGUCCAGGAAAGACUCUAUUGGUUCUCCUUUCAAGCCCAUGGACAUAAGUUAUCAGUAUUCAGCUGUGGAACGUAAUAAUUUGAUGCGACUGGCACAGAGCAUCCCAUUCACCCCCGUGCCCCCGAGAGGUGAGCCCAUCACGGUGUACCGCCUGGAAGAGAGUUCCCCCAACACCAUCAACAACAGCAUGUCCUCUUGGGCUCAGCGGGGCCUCUGUGCCAAGAUAGAGUUCCUCAGCAAGGAGGAGAUGGGCGGAGGCCUGAGGAGGGCACUCAAGGUCCUUUGUACUUGGUCAGAGUAUGACAUCCUGAAGCCAGGCCACCUAUAUAUCGUCAAGUCCUUCCUGCCGGAAGUAGUGAACACGUGGCAGAAUGUCUACAAGGAGGAUACAGUGCUCCAGCUCUGUCUCAGGGAAAUCCAGCAGCAAAGGGCUGCUCAGAAACUGACUUUUGCCUUUAACCAAAUGAGGCCGAAGACAAUACCUUAUUCCCCCAGGUUUCUGGAAGUCUUUCUGUUGUACUGUCAUUCUGCUGGCCAGUGGUUUGCUAUUGAGGAGUGCAUCACUGGAGAGUUCAGGAAGUUUAACAACAACAACGGGGAUGAGAUUGUUCCCACAAAUCUUCUGGAGGAGACCAUGCUGGCGUUCAGCCACUGGACCUAUGAGUACACCAGGGGAGAGCUCUUGGUGCUGGAUUUACAAGGCGUUGGGGAGAUUUUGACAGAUCCAUCAGUAAUAAAAAGUGGUGAAAAGGGAUCUUACGACAUGGUAUUUGGACCUGCCAACCUUGGAGAUGAUGCAAUUAGAAACUUCCGAGCUAAACACCACUGCAACUCCUGCUGUAGAAAACUCAAACUUCCUGACCUGAAGCGAAACGACUACACACCUGACAAAGUGACACUACCCCAGGAGGAUGUGGCAGAGGUCUCCAUUCCGCCAGGAAGCAGAACCAAAGAACAGAAGCAUUCGAUGCGACUGUUGUGAGUGACGUGGUCAACAGCUGGAGCUGCCGUGUCCUCUACAUUCGCUGGAAGGUCAUCUCCGAGCCCACACGGGCUAGUGCAUGUGGUCAGUGUGUUCUGUAUCUUUUUUUUCUCCCCCCCCUUGAUCAUGCAUUGCGUGAUAGAAUGAAGGUGAACAUACAGAACAUUUUUCUUAGUCCUUUGAACUGUGGUGUGGAUACAGGAAGUUGUAUACCUUUUUUGUAAUGGUAUGCAGUCAAGAUUCCGUUUCGACUGCAAAGAACUGAGCAGGUGCAAUUAUUUAAAAAAAAAAAAAGAAAAACAAGUAUGUAUAUGGGGAAACUACUUUUAAAACUUUUUUACAAGUUUAUAUAUUGACAUUAGUAUAUAAGGCUAUCAACUGGUACAAUCUCAUUGUAUAGAAGGUUAUCAUAUUUAUUAUGAAUUACAAAAAGCUGCCUUGUAUAGAAUAAAAAGCAGUUAAAGUGCAUUGUUUCUGUUAUGGCAGGUUUGAAAGGAAAAACCUGCUCACAUUUAAACUGCAAGGAAUUAUCUAGAACAGAAUAUAAGCAAGAUUCUUUUUUUAGAAAUUCAGAAACAUGUAGUAUCUGUAUUAUGGCAUUUGUGGUACAUACUUUAUUCAAAUACCUAUGAAUUUCAAAUCUUGUAAAAUAUGGGCAGAUUGCAAUGCAACUUUUACAGUACAAUGUAUGUCAUUUUAACUUGUUGAACAUUAUAUGGAAACUGUCCACCAAAAAUUGUUAAUAGAUGAGUUUUUAAUGUUACAAAGGUACUGUUGUCAUUUUUGUCAUUCAAGUAUUGUAUGAGCAAAUUUUAAUCUAGUGUAUCUUAUAGAUACAGUUAUCAGGCACGAACGAAAUAGAUUGAAAUUACAUUUUAUGCAGGGGAAAUGUGAACAAUAUAAAGGGGUUAUACUGUAUACAUUUUGUACUGUAUAUCAUUUAAUCUAAUAAAAUGUAUAAAAUAAGUGAUAUGUCAUCAC